AUUACUUUUUAACUAGGAAUUACCCAGCUCUGCUAUGCGGUUUGCCUCACAGAUUUGCCUUUAUUUCAGAUUCGCGACGCUCCCACACAUAUAGUUUUAAUAAUGUAAACUCCAUACUCCGGAGUCCGAAAAUGAUCACCAAAUCCGAAGUCUCCGGGUUCAAAGCGACGGUGUUGACACAGAAUAAAAUUGCACAAAAACCCACGUUGGCAAGAGAGCCAGACACCCAUAGGUACUGUCCAUAGAUAUAUAACUGUCAGGUAUUAACAGCAUAAGGAGACGAAAAAUACACAUUUAUGACCCAGAUAUUCCGUUUAAGAGGAACGGUCAAUAUAAAAAAAAAAAACAUUUUCAUAGAAAUUUAAAAAUUAAAGGUCUCAUAAUUAUUAUUCAAAUUUCCAAGUAGGUAGGUAUAGUGAUUGAUUUGACAACCCUGCAAAAUAGAUUUAAGUUUUUUUUACUAAACUGUUACAGGCUACAGCUACAUCUUGUAUUUUUCAUUCCUUGAAAGAUCUUAGACUUUUUGCACGGAAACUUUUUUUUAUUAAAAAUCCAAAAAUCCUUGUUGUUCAGCUUUGACAGGUCUCGUGACCUUGAAAUUAUCAAAUUAAAAAUUAUCACAUUUACGUCAAAGUCGCCGCCCGCUUAUCUGCUCUGCAGUCGUAUGGUGUGUGUAAUGACUGAAAUAAUAAAAUAAAAAUUAAUAAACCAAACUACUACAAUUUUAAUUUUGGUAUCUAAAAUUCCUAUUAAAUCUUGAUUGGAGUGAUUUGUAGUUUGAAUUGGAAUGGACAGAUUGAAUAUUUUUAAAAGGGUCUCUUGUCAAGAGGGUGGCGGUUUUUUGAGACGAGCAAAUGAAUCGCUACUCCAUGACAUCUUCAACAGAUACGCGACCUUAGAAAAGGAUGGCGAGAAAUUUAUGACAGCCGAAGAUUUCGUAAUAAAAUAUUUACGUUUAUUAGACGAUAAAAACUACAAUACAGACACCAUUCGACUUUUGGCCGCUAUUGUAGACACCAGCAAGGAUGGACUCAUUUCGUAUUCGGAGUUUCAGGCUUUCGAAGGACUGCUCUGCUUUCCGGACGCCUUAUAUAAAACUGCCUUUCAAUUAUUUGACACUAACGGAAAUGGAAUGGUUAGUUUUCAGGAAUUCGUUGAGGUAAUGACCAAGACCGAACUGCACAUGAAAAUUCCCUUCAACAUGGACUCGCCAUUCAUCCAAUUGUAUUUCGGAAAAGACAAGAAACGCUUAGUCAGCUACAAUGAAUUCUCGCAGUUCUUGCACGACUUCCACGAAGAGUACGCGAUUGAAGGUUUUAGAAGGGCGGAUAAAAAACGGUACGGGUUUUAUAUCUGUUUUGGAUUUUCAGGAAAUCAUGACUAGCAUCAAGAGCCACCUUCUGACCAAGCAGGUGCAGUCGCAUCUUAUCGAGGCAGCGUCUCAAUCGCAAGGCGGCAGUCGCGUAAGUUUUCCUUACUUUAUCGCAUUUAACUCGCUGUUGAAUAAUAUGGAGCUUGUAAAACGCAUUUAUCUGAACGUCACCCACGGACACAGGACGCAGGAGGUCAGCAAAGAGGAGUUUAUGCAUAGCGCGCAAGCCAUGUCGCAGAUGACACCGCUAGAAGUCGAGAUACUGUUUCAUCUGUGCGAUGUGCUUCAUCAAACCGGGCGGAUUGUUUACAACGACCUCUAUGCGAUAGCGCCCGAACAGUAUUUUAAACAGAUUACGAAUCGAUUGGCGGAAAUUCAUGCUGUUUCGAGCCCUGAAGAUAGAGGAGUUGUCAUACAAAUUUUAGAAAGUACAUACAGAUUUGCGUUGGGUUCUAUAGCCGGAGCUGUCGGUGCUACGGCGGUAUACCCAAUAGAUUUGGUAAAAACGCGUAUGCAGAACCAAAGAGCUGGCUCCUUUAUCGGAGAAUUGAUGUACAGGAACAGCAUUGACUGUUUUAAAAAAGUAAUUAGGCACGAGGGUGUGUUUGGACUGUAUAGGGGUUUGGUACCGCAACUUUUGGGUGUGGCCCCCGAAAAGGCUAUAAAACUAACGAUGAAUGACUUAGUAAGGGACAAACUUAUGGACAAAAAUGGAAAUAUACCUCUUUGGGGAGAAAUUGUUGCAGGAUGUUGUGCGGGCGGCUCCCAAGUAAUCUUCACGAAUCCUUUAGAAAUCGUAAAAAUUCGGUUGCAAGUCGCCGGCGAAAUCGCAGGCGGUGCUAAAGUACGAGCCUGGAACGUGGUCAAGGAUCUCGGUCUUUUGGGAUUGUACAAAGGAGCGAGAGCUUGUUUCCUGCGUGACAUCCCCUUCAGCGCCAUCUAUUUCCCCAUGUACGCGCACACCAAAGCCAAAUUCGCCGACGAGAACGGCUACAACCAUCCGCUGACGCUGUUGGCGGCCGGUAUGAUUGCCGGUAUGCCCGCUGCGGCGCUAGUAACACCUGCGGACGUCAUUAAAACGAGGUUGCAGGUGGUAGCCAGGUCUGGCCAGACGACGUAUAGCGGUUUAACCGACGCCGCUAGGAAGAUCAUGAAAGAGGAAGGUUUUAAAGCUUUUUGGAAAGGAGCUACAGCUCGUGUGUUUAGAUCUUCACCGCAAUUCGGUGUUACUUUAGUAUCUUAUGAACUGUUGCAGAGAUAUUUAUACGUCGAUUUUGGUGGAACGCGACCAACUGGUUCCGAAUUCAAACAAAUAUCAACAAUAGGCGACGUAAAAAAACCGGCCAACCCCGACCACGUGGGUGGUUAUUCAGUAUCACUUCCAAUCUUCUCAGGCAUAGAAUCCAAAUUCGGGCUGUGUUUACCCAAAUACACCGUACCCCAGGCAUCCUAAAUUGUUUUUCUAACAGUCCUUUAAAAGUAAUAGGUUUUUUUCGAACAAAAUGUUGCUUCUGCCUCAGAAAAUUCGCUUGCUUCGCAUUUUACGUCAGUCAUUUUACAGUAAAUUUUUAAUAUAAUUAAGUAUAUGUGAACUAGAGUCUUCAAAUAAAAUUACACGGCACCAGACCUUAAUUUUUUGUCUUGCAAGUGGAUUUGCAGUUUCAAGUUACUGUUUUAAUACAACAUUUUGCGCACAUACUCGGCACAAUUCAGUUUUCUCCAUUUUUAUUUGUAAUUACUAUCAAAUUCUCAUUUUUUUUAAUCUCGACCAUUUCAAUAGCUUGUUCCAUUUUAUAUCAGGAAACUGGCAAAACCUAUUUUGAUAGUGACUAGUAACUGAUAAUUAUUUUUUUUUAACAGCUGUCAGAGUCCCGCUUGCAUGCAAAUUCGAAUAAUUUAUGCUUGAAACGUUUAGCGAGUAUACUACUCUUGUGUAGAGUUGAAUGCGUUUAUACACUGUAUAAUUUCAGUGCGAUCUGCCCCAGUACUAGUAGUGUGCCAUUUGAAGACUCUAUAAUUU